AUGGUAGUGAACGCUGACAAUCCCUCCAGCCUCACAGUAGCGAGCCAACAAGUUGAGCAGGUGGAAACCUUUCAAUAUCUUGGUAGCCAGACAACGCCUGAUGGAGGUACCAAGAAAGAUAUAGCCAUGCGGAUCAGGAAGGCCAGGGGUGCAUUUGCAGGUCUUCGAAAUAUCUGGCGCUCAAACCAGAUCACUCUGCACACCAAGACCCGGAUAUUUAACUCUAACGUUAAAUCUGUGUUGCUAUACGCCUGUGAGACGUGGUGCGUAUCCACAGAAAUAACGCAAAAACUGCAAGUCUUCGUCAACCGCUGCCUGCGAUACAUCAUUCGGGCAUGGUGGCCUAACAGUUGGAUAUCCAACGAGGAACUCCACCGUCGAUGCCAGCAGCGACUGAUUGAGAUUGAAAUCCGGGAGCGCAGGUGGAGGUGGAUCGGACACACCCUGCGAAGAGGAGCAAACGAGAUCUGUAGGGAGAUUCAAGCUGACGAUCUUUUACCGAAAUGUAUUUGCGGUUCCUGCUAUCUGAAACUCGAAAGCAUAGAUCAAUUCGCUUUGAUGGCGAACAGAACGGAGGAUGCCUUCCGGGCGUGGAUUCGCCGCCUGCGAGGCCUCAACUGUUCCGACGAGCUGGUGCAAAACGUCAAUCUAGUUUUGCCCCUCUUUAGACCCCAACAGUCGACGGCGGCGACCGAUUGCUCAGGCGACCAGAAAAGCAAUAUCCAAGCAUUUCACAUGAAGGAACAACAACAACAACAGCGGUUCUUCGUUGCCUCCGGCCUUCAGAAGCCGGUUCCAGCGGCCAACUUUACACAGGGCAACAUCACCCCUGCGGAGGUCAGCACCAUAUCGUACAGCGAUCUGAAACUUGGGCUUCUGAUCAAAGACCAGGAGCUACUGAAGCUGAUCCUGAAAGCCCUAAAGUGGGCCGAAAAUGAUCGACGAGCAUCGUUCGAUGUGCUGAUACAGCGAUUGAAAAACUCGAGCUUCCGCGAGAUCCUCUCCAAUCACAAUCUGCUCAACGAUGGCGAUCUGACGCAGCUCCUGAAGUCCUACAUCGGUCAGGGGGUGAUGAACAGCUUCACGUCUCCACCUGCGACGGCAUCAACCGGUGCAACCGUCAACGCUAAUGUGCCGCCCCCAUUGGUGUUGUCGUCGUCCAUUGUGCCCCCGGCGGGUAAUGUUUUGGGAGGCCAUAUCGGCCAUUUUAAACUGGCACCGGUUCCACCAUAUCCAACCAACAUCGGACCAGUGAGCACCGCUCCGCAAACGACAGGAAAUACGUUUAAAAUCGAUGACGCCUCCGUAACGCAGAUGGAAGUGGGCAUUGAUCCUGAUCUUUACCUGCCGUACGACGAUGAAGACAGCAGCAGUGCGACCAAGUUUGACCACAGAUUUGACGAUCGGCAAGAUAACACGGUGACUAUUAAAUUGGUUACAACAUCCGAUAACUCUGAAGACGACCGGAAGAUGAUUCCUGCUAUUCUGAACGUUCGCAGCAGCAACCGCUUUCAGUGCAGCGUCUGCCCGGAGUGUUUCGCUACAAAUGGCGAACUGCAGCAACACAUUGUUCAGACUCAUCUUCCAACCGCACGCCCAAUGCCGUUGAUGUCGGAACAUGGCAAACCGGCGAUCAAGAUCCGGGUACGCAAAACCAAGCAUUUACUAUCGGCUCCACCGCUGCAGCCUACACCGGUCAAACCACUGGUCAGUUCUCCGGUAGAAACGGUUUCCAAAACACCACCCCCUUUGACGAUCGUACCAUUGAAGAUACCCGCUUCAACCACGAUCACCGUGGUUCCAGUUAGCAAACCUCAACCAUCAACCGCGGAAAAUGUGAAAUCAGUUUCCGUACGAGAACCAUUGCAAGAAUCGCCACCAAAGGUGGAACUGACACGCAAGUCGCAGCGAAAACCGGUGAAGAAAGUAAAUCCAUCGAGCCCAGUCCCUUCGCAGAAGCAAAAGGUGACGAAAGCAAAAAAGUCAACCCCAACGCCCGUGGAAGAAGAGCGACACCCGGUGACGAAGGUUUCCCGCAGGACGCCUUCCGCGUUUUGUACCGUGUGCCGGAAAACGUUACCGGCCCGCGAAAGCAUUCGGGAUCACAUGGAAAGGCAGCACUCUCGGUUCGAGUGUGAAAAGUGUGGCCGAGCGUUCAAAAGUGCCGUCAACUUGGCACGCCAUCAACAGUGCCACGCGGGGGUGAUGGUUGAGGGUCAGUCUGCGAAAACGAAACCCCAGAACUCACCAGGAGAUGAGCUGCACAAGUGCACGCAUUGCGACAAGGAGUUCCGGAAGUUGCUUCAUUUGAAGUUGCACCUGAACAAUCAUCACAACGAAAGCAAGAGCACCGUAAAGCCGAGCUCUACCGGUGCAGCCUCCGGAACUGUGACAUCGCUUCGCAAGCGAACGCCGAAUGGUGUCAUUGCAGGAAGCAGCGUGUCUGAAGUUGGCCGUACAAAGCGUAAAAGUACAAUAACUAGAAAAUAG